AUUCUUAAAAAAUGUCCCUUUUAACCAAGGUAUUAUUCCGUAAGAAAAUACCAAAAAUACUUGCAGGGCAUAUCAAAAAUCUUUCAACUCAAAAUGAAAAUGUAAAUAAUGAUGAAAGAGAAACACACUUUGGAUUUGAAAAAGUUAAAGAAAGCGAAAAACAACAUAAAGGUACAAAGCUAAGCAUAUUAUUGCUGAAAUAUAUUCAUAAAUGUUUCUUACAGUGCACGAAGUUUUCGAAAAUGUUGCAAAAGACUACGACGUAAUGAACGAUGCUAUGUCUCUAGGUAUCCAUCGAAUUUGGAAAGAUUAUUUCAUGUGUUCAUUAUCUCCAACACAUAAUACAAAACUGUUGGAUGUUGCAGGUGGCACAGGUGAUAUAGCAUUUCGGUUCAUAGAUUAUGUAAAAACUGAAAACCUCAAUGACUGUCAUGUUACAGUAACAGAUAUAAAUGCAAAUAUGCUAGAAGUAGGUAAAAUAAGAAGUUUCAACUUGAAACAUGAACCUAGUCUGAUAUCUUGGCAAGAAGGGAAUGCAGAACAAUUGCCUUUUAAAGAAAACUCUUUCAAUGCAUAUACAAUUGCUUUUGGAAUUAGGAAUUGUACCCACAUAGACAAGGUUUUAGAGGAAGCUUACAGAGUAUUACAGCCUGGUGGAAGGUUUAUGUGUUUAGAGUUUAGUCAUUUAGAAAAUUCUGCAGCUCAAUGGGCAUAUGAUCAAUACAGUUUUCAAGUUAUCCCAGUUUUGGGACAACUGAUUGCAGGGGAAUGGAAAGCCUAUCAGUAUUUGGUAGAAAGUAUUAGACAGUUUCCUAAUCAGGAGAGCUUCAAGCAGAUGAUUGAAGAAGCAGGAUUUAGACAAGUAUCAUAUGAGAAUUUAACUUUAGGUGUUGUGGCUAUACAUUCAGGUUUUAAAUUAUAAAAUAACUAUAAACAAAGUUUUUUAUUCAUAGAAUUAAGUCC